CAGAGCCCUCUUAAAGGAGCCGCUACCUCCUUUUCUGGGGGAGAGUUCUGGCUCUGGCGCCAGGCACUUAAGGUGCUUCCCUUGGGACAAGCCUUUUGUUUCACGUCUCGGAGAAAAAAGGUUCCUGUUAAUGGACUCCCUGGGGAGAUGGUUCCUUGGGGCCUCUUCCCCACCUCGUGGGCCUCCGGAGCUGCUCUCUCCUCCUGAGGCAGUAACCACUGUGCUGGUGGAACGCUCACCGGGCCCUGACGCUUCGCAGACACGCUGUCUGCAGCACAGGAGGGAGCACCCUGGCUUUGUCACUGAGAAGCUGAGCGGCCUAGAAGGAGAGCCAAGGCCACCGUGAUGCCACACUUCCUGGACUGGUUCGUUCCUGUUUACCUGGUCAUCUCGGUCCUCAUCUUGGUGGGCUUUGGCGCCUGCAUCUACUACUUCGAGCCCGGCCUGCAGGAGGCACACAAGUGGCGCAUGCAGCGCCCCCUGGUGGACCGUGACCUCCGCAAGACACUGAUGGUCCGUGACAACCUGGCCUUCGGAGGCCCAGAGGUCUGAGCUGAUGAGACAGCUGGGGAGAGGUGGGGGGCACCGGUGCCCUAUCCUGCCUGCCCAGCCUGAAGACCCUGGGGCAGAGGGAGGUUGACCCCUAGUCCUGCAGGCUGUCGUGCAGCCUGGGCCCUCCCCGCAGAGGCUCCUGGGUGUUCCAGGUAGACCCUGACUGUGGACAGAUGGGCACCUGGGGGCCUUGAGGUGUCACCCAGGGCUUGCUCUCCACGUCAGGCCAGCUCAUCCUGCUCCUGCCCUCCUCAGCUGUGGGGACACCCACUGGCCCCCAGCACAUUUGUGCUGCCCAGCACUCCCACUCCUCCAGCUGGGGUCAGGCACAGCUGCCCCUGCUUGCCUGUGGGCAUCCCCAGGGACUCUCCGGUGACAUUAGCUCCCCACUCCACCUGCAGUGGCGCCGCCCUGCAGCUUCACGUGGCAGGCUUCAAAGCUGACCCAAGGAACGGGCCUCACCAGGGAUGUCAGCCUGGGCUCUGGCUUGGCAUUGGUGAAUGUGUGUGAUGGGGUGGGCAGAGGAGCAGGAACGCAGGUGCAGGAUAGGUGUGUGUGUGAGAGAGAGAGAGAGCACAGCUGGGGCACCCGGAUGCAUGUACGGAUGUGUGAGAGGGACAGUGGGGACCCAGGCAGGCUGGGAAGCGGUGGGACACGGUGAGCUGUGUGGGCAGUGUGGGGGCACCAGCAGCAGUCCCCACCCUCCUGUCUCUGCCAGACCUCCCUGUCCCUCCCCUUCCCCAGGGCUGAGGCAGCUGGCACAUGCCACUGGCCUCCCCUCCUGGUCCUGUAUGGCGCCACCAGGGCUGAGCCCAGCGCCCUGAGCCAGGUGCCCCGGGCCCCGCCCCUCACCCUGGAGCCCUCCUGGGUGGGGCACUGCUGCCUCAUUUUGGGCACAGAUCAGCAACUGCCCCACUCUCAUCCCAGGGCUUCCAUCUUAGCUUAUGGCAAUAAUAAAGGCUUUGUGACGUCUUUG